CAAAACAAACUAAAUCUCUAUUUUCAGUAGCACAGAGAAAUCAAGAAAGGAUAUCAAAGCCAUUUCAUUAUUUUUCUGGUAAAUAUCAUUAUCAUCAGUCUCUCACAGUAUCAAAUGCUACCCAUUAAUCCUAACUCUCUCUUCUUCCCUUCAAAGCCCUCUCAUCUCCUCUCUCUCCCCUCCAUCACCACUUCUCACCGCUGCUUUGCCAGUGCCGGCGACCUUCGACACAUCCCCACAUUCCCCAGGUGGUGGUUUCAUUUCACUUCAGCUGCAGACACUGGCAGUAUCCGGAUUGGGCAAGAAUCAGACGGAGCUACAUCAUCUCCGGUCGCCGACAGCUCCUCCUCUGCCGGCCCGCAAAGGCGGGGGCUUGGAGGCAGUGGAAGCAGUAGCAUUAGAGUGAAUGCUAAAGAGAAGAAAUGGUCAAGAAAUAGAGAGAGCUAUUUGGUUGAUAAUGAAGAUGCUCUUCCUCUUCCUAUGACUUACCCCGAUUCUAAACCUGUUUCUCCUGAGGAGAUUGAUAAAAGACUACGUUGUGAUCCUGAAAUUCAAGAUUGUAGGGAAGUGGUCUAUGAGUGGACUGGGAAGUGCAGAAGUUGUCAAGGCUCUGGAUAUGUUAGCUAUUUUAAUAAAAGAGGGAAAGAGACUAUUUGCAAAUGCGUACCUUGUCUUGGAAUUGGAUACGUGCAGAAAAUUACAGCUCGCAAGGAUAUUGGUGUAAUGGAGGACUUGGAUAAUGGAAAGCCGCUCUAACCUUGAUAGUAUUUGAUUUCAGGGAGUAUAAUUAUAAUAACUUUUAUGAGUUGUAAGUCUUACAUCUUUCAUGUUAAUCGGGCCUUUUACAGUUAUAGAGAAUAAAAGUAAACAUCCUGAAAAGGAGAAUUUGGACAAGUGAUGCUAAGAAUUCCUUGUAACUUUUUCAAAGAAUCUAUUCUUUUCCUGUUUUCCUCUAA